AUGCCAAAGUACUAUUGCGACUACUGCGACACAUUUCUGACGCACGACUCGCCGUCGGUGCGAAAAACACACAACGGGGGAAGGAAGCACAAGGAUAACGUUAGAAUGUUCUAUCAGAAAUGGAUGGAAGACCAGGCGCAGAAGCUCGUCGAUCAGACUGCGAGAGCAUUUGCCACGAAUCGAAUGCACGGCGCGGUGCCACGUACAACGAUGGGAAUGGCGCCGGUGCCACCGGUUGGUCACCAUCCGAUGAUGGGCGGUCCACCAGGAAUGCCAAUGAUGGCGCCACGUCCGUUCCCAGGACCGCCAGUUGGAUUUCCGGGAGCUCCAGGGCUUGCUCCAUUCCCUGGACCACCAAUGGGACUCGCCGGACCACCGGGAAUGCCACCAAUGAUGCCACGCCCACCGCAGCAAUUCCGUCCAAUGUGA